CCUCCCCAAGUUUGACGCCCAACAGCGCCGCGAGCACCGAGGGAAUCAUGCCUGUGCCCAAGAAAGCAGGAAGAAAAAACAGUGCAGCUCCCGUGGAAGAAAAGCUGCCGCCAUAUGAGCCAAAUGUCCCUGAACCCACCACCAGGGCUGACUUCAUGAAAUAUUUUUUCCAGCCCUCUCUGGAUGAUAAAACUGCACAGAAACUGUUGUGGAUUUCAGAGGGCAGCUCCAAAGUGGCUCGUACGUCUGAUGCAGUCUGCCCGUAUCCCAACAGGCCUGAGAGAUACGACCACUCACCACAGGUGCUGUGUAAGGAGAAUCUGCUGGGCCAUCGAGGGUACUGGGAGGUGGAAUACGAAGGGUGGGUGGUGAUCGGGGUGGUCUGCGAGAGUGCGCCCCGGAAGGUCCAGGAGGGGGCCUGCGGCCUCGGGGAGAACAGCGGCUCCUGGGGCGUUGGCUGGUCCGGCUCCUGCUAUCAGGUCUGGCACAACGGCGAGAAUGUGGACAUCCAACUCCCCCCGUCCACCACCAUGGGAGUGUAUGUUGACCAGCCUGCCGGCAUCAUCAAGUUCCUGUUGGUGGAGGGGGAGGGCGAGAAGGAGGUGCGGCUGAUUCACAAGUUCAAGGCCAACGUCCAGGAAAAGCUUUUCCCCGGGUUCUGGGUCGGCACCAAUUCCUUCUCCCUCAUCCGGAAAAAGGAUCAGUGACAAAUUAGAACGGGUUUGGGCUGCGGGGUGCGGGGGUGGGGUCACAGGGUGUAAAUUUAAGAAGGUGUCAAGUUGUUUGGGGAACAAGUGUUGGAGUUGUAGAGCAGAACCGAAGCACGUCGAGAAAUUUGUGUAGCUUGUGUUUGCUUUCUCCGGUGCAUGAAGAAUGCUGUUCAAAUCUAAAUAUAACCAAAUAUGCCUUAUUAUUUUUAUUUAUUAUUGCAUUUACAAAUUUAAUUUAAGUUAGAAAAUAGGCAAAGUUGUGUAUGUUUAUGUAUACACAGAGCUUUACAUGUACUUGAGUGCCUGAUUAACUUUAGAGUCUAUGUAUUUUUUAUGUGCUGAA